CAGAUACCGGAUCCAGUGUUUCCUGUUGGCGGGAGUGUUCAAUACCCAUGUGUCAACAAUAAUAACACACAGCAAAAGCUAAUUUUUUAGAGAAACGGGGUCAGGAUCACAAGAAUGGAAAAUGGCAGGGCCCAGUUUCCAUUUCCCUACCAGCCUUAUAACAUCCAGGAGCAGUUCAUGCAAGCACUGUACACAGCACUUGACCAGGGGAAAGUGGGCAUAUUUGAAAGUCCAACAGGAACGGGUAAGUCUUUGAGUCUGAUAUGUGGAGCUCUGAGCUGGCUCACAGACUAUGAGGAGAGGAGGAGGCAGGAAGCUGCUGCUUUGCUUCAGGAAGGAGAAGUAUCUCUUUCCACACCGAGUGCUUCGUCUGCCACUGCCGGCUCCUCAGCAGAGCCCGACUGGAUCACUGACUUUGUCCAGAAAAAGGCUGAACGUGAUUUGGUUUCAAAGUUGAAGGAGGAAGAAUUAAAAAGAAAGAAGAGAGAGGAGCGGUUAGAGAUGAUUAGAAAUAACGUUCAGCUGAAGUAUGCAAUGAAAAGAAAGAGCUGUGAGGAUGAUGAAGCGUUCAAGUUGCUUCAGCUCAGUAAAGAAGACCAAACAGAGAUGCAAGGAGAUCAAGAGGAUGAGGAGCUCAUCAUUGCAGAAUAUGAGAGCGAUGAUGAGUCAAAGAGAACGAGCAGAUUCUGUGGCCCGGAAAAUGAUGAAGAUGAUGAACUGAUAGAGGAACACGUCACCAAGAUUUACUACUGCAGUCGCACUCACUCCCAGCUGGCUCAAUUUGUUCAUGAGGUUCAGAAGAGCCCGUUCAGCAAGGACAUUAGUUUGGUCACACUGGGCUCACGACAGAAUUUGUGCAUCAAUGAAGAGGUGCGUCGCCUGGGCAGCAUCCAGCGCAUUAAUGACCGCUGCAUGGAGAUGCAGAAAAACAAACAUGAGAAACCUCAUCAGGACGAGGGUGUGAAGCGUAAGCGAGGCCCACCAAAGGCCGUGUGUCCCUUUAAUAAAGCCUCGGCACUGCAGCAGAUGAGGGACCAACUCCUUGGAACGGUUCAUGACAUCGAGCAGCUGCUGAAGCAGGGCAGGGAGACGCACUCGUGUCCUUAUUACGGCACACGCCUUGCCAUUCCCCCUGCACAGUUGGUGGUGUUGCCCUAUCAGAUGGUACUUCAUGAAGCCACAAGAAAGGCAGCAGGAGUCCAAUUGAAGGGACAGGUGGUGAUCAUAGAUGAAGCCCACAACCUCAGUGACACACUCUCCUGUGUACACAGUGCAGAGCUGUCCGGAGCUCAGCUUAGUCGUGCUCACUCCCAGCUCACCCAGUAUGCUGACCGCUACAGGAACAGGUUGAAGGCAAAAAACCUGAUGUACAUCAAACAGAUACAGUUUGUGAUUGAAGGGCUCGUCCGAGUGCUGGGAGGUAAAGUGGGGCAGAAUCCACAGAGCCAGAUUACACAAACAGGAACCGAGAUGUUUACCAUUAACAACUUCCUCUUCAAGGCUCAGAUCGACAAUAUCAACUUGUUUAAGUUACAGAAAUACUUUGGGAAAAGCAUGAUCAGCAGAAAGCUCGGCGGCUUUGUGGAGAAGUACGCAGGCUCCGGUGUGAGCCUUCACACUCACAGCGCCUCCAGCAAAGAGAACCGACGCACAGAGGGUUUAAACCGUUACCUUCAAACACUGCAGAGCAGCCACAGCCCGACACCAGUUUCCUCAUCAGACCAGCAGGGGUCUGUAGAGACAGAGAAAGCACUGUCUGCGUCUCCCAUGAUGCAGGUGGAGGCUUUCUUCGUGGCUCUCACCAACAGCAACACUGACGGCAGAGUGGUGCUGCACAGACAAGGUACUUUGUCAGAAAGCAGUGUGAAGUUCCUGCUGUUGAAUCCAGCCGUCCACUUUGCUCAGGUGCUGAAGGAGUGCAGAGCAGUCAUCAUCGCAGGCGGGACCAUGCAGCCUGUUUCAGACUUUAAACAAGAGCUGCUGAUUUCUGCCGGCGUGAGCGAGGAACGCAUCACUGAGUUUUGCUGUGGUCAUGUGAUUCCUCCUGAGAACAUUCUUCCUCUGGUCCUGUGCAGCGGUCCAUCCGGUCAGGAGCUGGAUUUCACUUAUCAGAGCAGAGAUUCCCCAAAAAUGAUGGAUGAGACGGGCCGCAUCCUCUCCAACAUCUGCAACGUGGUGCCAGGGGGAGUCGUGUGUUUCUUCCCUUCUUACGAAUACUCACGCAGGAUCGUUUCUCACUGGGAGGCCAACGGGACUCUGGGCCGCCUCGCGAACAAGAAGAAGAUCUUCCAGGAGCCAAAGAAGGCCAACCAGGUAGAGCAGGUGCUGAAUGACUUCACCCGUUGUAUCCAGCGCUGUGCUCUGGACAGUGGUGGACUCACCGGUGCGUUACUCUUCUCUGUGGUUGGAGGAAAGAUGAGCGAGGGCAUCAAUUUCUCUGACGACCUGGGCAGGUGUGUGGUGAUGGUGGGAAUGCCGUAUCCCAACAUCAAGUCCCCAGAGCUGCAGGAAAAGAUGACCUAUCUGGACAAGCACCUGCCUCACAGUGGAGGGAGGAGUCCCGGCCAAGCACUGAUAGAAAACCUCUGCAUGAAGGCUGUCAAUCAGUCCAUAGGAAGAGCUAUCCGUCACCGUGGCGACUACUCGUCCAUCGUGCUGUGUGACAGACGUUAUUCCCGAGCAGCCACGCUCUCCAAACUCCCCUCAUGGAUCAGAGAUCGCACCAGCACGCACACUUCCUUUGGCCCGGCGUUCGCUGCCUUGAGGAAGUUCUUCCAGGAGAAAAAGCGGGAGGAGACGCUCAACUGACAUCGUCCCAUUUUCUGAAUGGAAACAUGAAGAGCCUGGAUGAUAAGGGGAAAACUGAGCAAAAGAAUGAGUGACAUCUGAAGAACCCUUCCUUUACCAAGUGCUUCAGGGAACUACAGUGGCAAUUCACCCACCAGAGAGAAUGGUGUUCUAACACACAGUGCACAGUGAGAGCUGUGGUUGGUUUGACUGCUGUAGAAACAUAGCAGCACAAGUAGUUAAAAGUCUAUUUCUAAGGCUACAAAUACCAAAGGAUUUUUUCUAUUUCUAAAAUAAUUAUAUUAUAUUAUAUAUUAAUACAAACGUCACAUGCUACAUGUCACACGCCGGACCUUUAAAGUGACCUCUACAUUAAGUUCAAUAGACAAGCAGAGAGGCAGUUCUUCAAUUUUCACUGUUUCAUGUAUGAAAAUGUGGAAAAUAAUGAAUCUUAACAACUCGAGUGUUCACUGCAGACAGUUUUCAGCCUGGAACAAAUUCGAAAUUCACCAGACAAACAACUACUGCAACAAUUUCAGACACAGCACUGACAAAGGUGGCCAUGUUUCUGAUUGACCCUUAGAGACAUUUGAAAUAUUUGAAACAGUGAAGUAGGAUUAUGUUUUCAUAAUGGACUCAUCUGUCAGUGUUUCCUACAUUCAUUGAUUAGUUGUUUCAUCU